GUGUAACUCACGUUCACUUCGGACGCGCGAUUGGCGCUUGUUUCCAUACUAGUUAGUCGUUGUUUGCAAAUAAGUAAGCGAGUGUGUUUGUGUGCUGGUUUGCGAUGAGUGACGCAGGGGUGGCUUCUCGAGUUACGAAUCCCGUCUGGCUCUCGUCUGAGCUACCCGGACGACUUUACGUGCGGGCUCUCCGACAGUACCAGAAGCUGGUCGAUCUGAAGCGAUUACCUUCGAAAGACAAAGUUGCUGUGCCUUCUAAAGAGGAAGACCGCUGGCAUACCAAAGAUGGUACCCUAUUCAAGCGUUGGCGUCGCACCACGCCGCCCGUGGAACCCGUUCCCACGCCAACUCCUACGGCACCUCCUGCACAGCCUUCGGAACUGUUGAAGUUCUUAGCUAUUAACGCUUUGGAACUAUCGGCGCCAGCUUCAGAUGCGUUACUGAAAUCUCGUUCGUCAGAGUGGUUCCAGCUAGCAGGCCAUCCUGGAUCAUUAGCUCCCGCUGGACCCGGUACAGUGUGGAAACGUCGUGCUGCGGGCGACCACCCCGGCCACAACCCUGAACGAGAUGCUUACGAAGCCCUUGCAGCUUGUCCUCAUAUGCGUGGCGUUAUUCCUCGCUACUAUCGUGAAUUGGAAUACGACGGUGAACGUUUCAUUGAACUUCAAGAUCUUCUUCACGGCUUUCGCAAUCCUCAUGUCAUGGACAUUAAAAUGGGAACCCGGACAUUCCUAGAAGAUGAAGUCAGCAAUGCCCAUGCACGUGCCGAUCUUUAUGAGAAGAUGGUCCGUCUAGACCCUAACGCACCCACGGAGUCUGAACAUGCCGCCCGAGCUGUCACUAAGCUCCGCUAUAUGCAGUUUCGUGAACAACGUUCAUCUUCUGCCGAGCAAGGUUUUCGUAUUGAAGCAGUCAAGUUACCCGGCGAACCUGCCUUGACCGACCUACAGAAAAUUCGCGAACCCCACCAAUUGGCCGCUACAGUGGCACGUUUCCUUGGGAAUGAUGAACGAGCACGAAGGGAGAUUGCCUCGCGUCUUAGAGAGAUCAGAGAUCAUUUUGAACGUUCGGAUUUCUUUAAAAGCCACGAAAUUGUUGGCAGCAGCAUCUUCAUCAUUUACGAUGAUGAACGAGUUGGAGCUUGGCUCAUAGAUUUCGCAAAAACAAGGAAAAUCCCGACAGGCUCGCAAGUCAAUCAUCGUGCACCGUGGCAACAAGGCAAUCAUGAGGAAGGCUUCUUGUUUGGGUUAGAUAGAUUGAUACAAACUAUAGAAACGGCAAAACUGUCUCCUCAAGGCGAUGAAGUUGUGGAAGAACCAGAUGUAUCACGUUGAACAAUAAAGGCGAGAAGACCCUGGUCUCGCCCCACGGUCGUUGUCACCGUCCACUGGCUGUCACGCCCUGUACCGUUCUUGGUGCGUCCGAGAAAACGCUUGGAGUUGUACUUCUUGUAAAUGUGCAUAAUAAAGAGAAAAGCGAUAAAACGCCUAAUGUUUGAUCUAGUCUUUAAUUUUAUAUUAUUUUAGUAAGAGAAUAAAUUGUAU